AUGUCCCUCCUCACCUGGAACCACCGCGAAGAAUACAUCAACUGUCCCAUCUCCGCGCUCUGCGGCCCCCGUCUCCGUCUGCACGAAGAAUUCCGCAUGGUGCAACACCUGCGCAGGACACACGAUGUGGUUCCCAUGCACGAGAAGACGUUUACGUGUGAGGGCUUGCCGAGGAACAACCGCAAGUGCACAACCAUGUCGUAUACGGCGUGGAUGAUGGAUCGGCAUCAGGUGAUGAGGGGGCAUGAGGGGGGUGAGGGGGGAGACGGGGUGUGGGCAGCGAGGGUUGAGAGGGGGGAGCAGUGGAUGAGGAAUGUGGGGUGGGGGAGAGGUGGUGGGAGGUGA